GCACCGAGCGUGCCCCAGCAGCUGACUGGCAGGACUUGUUUACUGGUGGAGACCCAUUAGAGACGAAAGGGGGGAACCUGAUGGGAGAGGUACCGCUUCAACGGGAAUAGAAGUUUCCUCAUUGGCCGUCUUUUUAGGCUUAUACCUUUGUUUACCUCAUCCUUGGACUGUCGGAGACGGUACAUUUACUUUAACUAUAUCGUCAGCACAGAGACCACGUUUGCUGUUAGCUAGCUGCUUCCCCCCCCCCAGCUAAUCUGAAAAAGACGGGCGGCGUGGUGUCGACUUUUCUCACUUUCCGACACACUGCCGCUUAUUAUUUUUAAUAGUUGAUCAGAUCGGCCGUGGUUCAUUAAACGAACAGGGUUUUUCCACCGCCGAGUCCCUUUUUGUGUGCGUUUCCCACCGGGUUGUCCAUCGGUCCGCGCCGGCGUGGUCAGCGGGGUGAAGGAGUUCAGAGGAAGGUCGUCGGGGAAGCGAUCCCCCGGCAGCACGUUUCCCUGCACGUACUCCAACACCACCUCGGUGAUGUGGACACAUCGGCGGGUUCGCAUCUUGGAAAGGUGAGCUCCAGCGAGAAAAAACAGGACGGGACACUACAGCAAAUACGUGAGAUACACGAGAGACCUGUGGACUUAAAAAAAACAACAACAACUUAACAACAGUCAACGCUGGUUUCUAAUUUGGUGUUAUUACUAACUUACGACCCAAAACACUGGGCUUCGUUGAAGUGAGAUCGUGCUCCUUACUACAACUCACCGCUUUUGGACUUGGCGUUUUUACUGUUCGUUUGGAGAAAGUAGUUGACUGGAGCAGGGCAUACUUGCCAUGGAGUGAACCCGUGUCGAACGGCUCGCCGUCGGGUAUUCCUCGCAGAUCUCCUCGGUGAACUGGACCUGUUUUCCUGGAUCCUCCGGUACGCUGUGAUAAACAGAUGAAAGACAACUACAUUGUGCGCUUAUGGAACAUGAAGCUUUUUAUCCGCACUUGUUUCGCCAGAACCCAAGACCACGUUAUUUAAGUGGUCGGACUUUUGUAAGGGUCUCAUCAAACUCCCAUCGUUUUAAAUCAUAAUACAACCACGUUGGACCCCGGCCCCUUUAGGGGGGGGCAACACCAUCUUUUUUUGCCAGUGUAUUAAAACACAUUUGGUUUUUUGUACGUUUUGUUAUUAUAACAUACCUAUUAUAAAAGGACGUUUUUUCUUUAGUCGUCGAUUUUUUAUGAACUUAUGCAAGAGGAAAUCACCUGGAAAGGCAACAUGGGAUGCUGGACGUUUAAACCGCAAACACCAAGUGUGUUUAUUGUAGUGUGCAUCUGCAUUGCAUGCCAGGCUGGACUAUUGAAUGGCGAAAUCUGCCCCAGCAAGGACAUCCGCAACAACGUGACGGACCUCAUGUCGCUGGAGAACUGCACGAUCAUCGAGGGCCACCUGAAGAUCCUGCUCAUGUUCAAGACCAAGCAGGAGGACUUCCGCGGCAUCAGCUUCCCCCGGCUGCGCGUGGUGACAGACUACCUGCUGCUCUUCCGCGUCUACGGCCUGGAGAGUCUCACGGACCUCUUCCCCAACCUGACGGUGAUCCGCGGCAACAACCUGUUCUUCAACUACGCCCUGGUGCUGUUCGAGAUGCUGCAGCUGAAGGAGAUCGGCCUGCACAGCCUCAUGAACAUCACGCGGGGCGCCGUGCGCAUCGAGAAGAACCCCGACCUCUGUUACCUGGCGACGCUGGACUGGUCGAAGGUGCUGGACACGGUGGAGGACAACUACAUCGUGGAGAACAAGAACGACCGGGAGUGCGGCGACGUGUGUCCCGGGACGGCCCAGGGGCAGACGGUCUGCCUGCAGAACACCAUCAACGGGCACUUCCGGGGCCGCUGCUGGACGCAGAACCACUGCCAGAGAAUGUGCUCAGACAACUGUAAGCAAGGGGCCUGCACCAUGCAGGGCCAGUGCUGCCACGACCAGUGCCUGGGAGGGUGCUCGGAGGUGGGGAACGCCAGCAGCUGUGUGGCGUGCCGGAGGCUCCAGCACGGGGACACCUGCAUGGAGGCCUGCCCCCCGGGGUACUACGUCUUCAAGGGCUGGCGCUGCAUCACCCUCAACUUCUGUCAGGACCUCCACAACCAGUGUAAGACGGCCAAGAGGCUGGGCCUCGACCGGGAGCCAGGCUGCAAGGAGUAUGUCAUCCACAACGGGGCCUGCUUACCCGACUGUCCCUCUGGAUACACCACCAUGAACUCCACCUCGCUGAGCUGCUUGCCGUGUGCGGGCCUCUGUCCCAAGCAGUGCAUGGGGAACCAGACGGUGGACUCGGUGACCUCGGCCCAGGCGCUGCGGGGGUGCACGGUGCUCAACGGAAACCUGAUCAUCAAGAUCAGAGGAGGCAUCAACAUCGCGGCGGAGUUGGAGGCCAACCUGGGCCAGCUGGAGGAGAUCACCGGCUACCUGAUGAUCCGUCGAGCCUACGCCCUGGUGUCGCUCUCCUUCCUGCGCAAGCUCCGCCUCAUCCGAGGAGAACAGCUGGAGGGAGAGAACUUCUCCUUUUAUGCGCUGGACAACCAGAACCUGCGGCAGCUGUGGGACUGGUCCAAGCACAACCUGACCAUCCUGCGCGGCCGCGCCUUCUUCCACUACAACUCCAAGCUGUGCAUGGCCGAGAUCCGCAAGAUGGAGGAGAUCACCGGCACCAAGGACCGCAACCUGGAGAAGGACAUCGCCCUGCGCACCAACGGGGACCAGGCCUCCUGUGAGAACCAGGUGCUGCACUUCACAGAGAUGCGGACCAUGUCGAAUAAGAUCAUUGUGCGGUGGAAGCCCUUCUGGCCCAAGGACUACCGGGACCUGCUCGGCUUCAUGGUGUACUACAAGGAGGCACCGUACCAGAACGUGACGGAGUUCGACGGUCACGACGCGUGCGGCUCCAACAGCUGGGUGAUCGCCGACGUGGAGCCCCCGGAGCGUGCCACGGAGAACAAGGAGCCCAUGAAUCCGGGCCUCAUCAUCCUCCCGCUGAAGCCCUGGACGCAGUACGCCAUCAUGGUGAAGACCCAGCUGUCGGCCUCCGACGAGCACCAGGCCCACGGCGCCAAGAGCUCCAUCAUCUACAUGCGCACCAACGCCACCAAGCCCUCGGUGCCGAUGGACCCCAUCUCGUCCUCCAACUCCUCCUCGCAGAUCAUCCUGAAGUGGAAGACCCCCAGGAACCCAAACGGAAACAUCACCCACUACAAGGUCAUCUGCAGCAAGCAGGAGGAGGAUGGAGACCUCUACAAGUUUGACUACUGUCUGCAAGGGAUGAAGCUUCCGUCCCGCACCCCCACCCACCUGGGCAGCGAGGACGAGCAGAAGUGGAACCAGACGGACGAGCCGUCGACGGGGGGCAAGUGCUGCGCCUGCCCCAAGACGGAAGCCCAGCUGAAGAAGGAGCAGGAGGAGUCCGAGUACCGCAAGACCUUCGAGAACUACCUGCACAACGAGGUCUUCGAGAUCCGGCCCUCUCGCCGGCGCCGGUCGCUGGGUGUGGGCGUGGCCAACGCCACCCAGACCCUGCCCAACUUCCUCACCACGGCGCCCAGCCCGGCAGGAGGCCCCACCACCCCCAGCCCCGAGGAGGAGGGCUCCAAGGUGGAACUGAAGGUGUUUGCCAAGGAGUCCACGGUGAUCUCCAACCUGCACCACUUCACCAGCUACAAGAUCGAGAUCCUGGCCUGCAACCACCUCACAGACCCCCUGCGCUGCAGCAUGGCCACCUACGUCAGCGCGCGCACCAUGCCAGAGGAAAAAGCAGACGACAUCCCGGGGCGCGUGACCCACGACAUGAUCCCCGACGAGCCCAACUCGGUGUUCAUCCGCUGGCUGGAGCCCCGCACGCCCAACGGCCUCAUCGUCCUCUACGAGCUCUUCUACCGGAAGGUCGGGGACCAGGAGUUCCACACGGCCUGCGUGUCCCGACCCGCCUACAUGAGCAAAGGGGGCACUAAGCUGAGACUGGUGCAUCCUGGGAACUACAGCGUGAGAGUGCGCGCCAGAUCGCUGGCGGGGAACGGCUCCUUCACCGAGAACGCCUUCUUCUUCAUGCCUGACAAGGACAGCGGCCUGCUGAAGAUCCUCGUCGGUCCGGUCAUCUGCUUCAUCCUGCUGCUCUGCGUCGGGGGCGGAGUCUUUGUGAUCUUCAAGAAGAAACAAACGGAAGGCCCCACGGGACCUCUGAUCGCCUCCUCCAACCCCGAGUACAUCAGCGCCAACGAUGUGUACGUGCCUGACGAGUGGGAGGUGCCGCGGGACAAGAUCGUGGUGAUGCGUGAGCUGGGCCAGGGCUCGUUCGGCAUGGUGUACGAGGGCCUGGCCAAGGACAUCAUCAAGGGCGAGCCCGACACCCGCGUGGCCGUCAAGACGGUCAACGAGUCGGCCAGCCUGCGGGAGCGCAUCGAGUUCCUCAACGAGGCGUCCGUCAUGAAGGCCUUCAUCUGUCACCACGUGGUGCGUCUGCUGGGCGUGGUCUCCAAAGGCCAGCCCACCCUGGUGGUGAUGGAGCUCAUGACCCACGGCGACCUGAAGAGCUACCUGCGCUGCCUCCGGCCCGACUCUGAGUAUAACCCGACGGGCCGGCCACCGCCCACCUUGAAGCUGAUGAUCCAGAUGGCCGGGGAGAUCGCCGAUGGCAUGGCCUACCUCAACGCCAAGAAGUUCGUCCACCGUGACCUGGCCGCCAGGAACUGCAUGGUGGCCGAGGACUUCACUGUCAAGAUCGGAGACUUCGGGAUGACCCGAGACAUCUACGAGACGGACUACUACCGCAAGGGGGGCAAGGGCCUUCUGCCGGUGCGCUGGAUGGCCCCGGAGUCGCUGAAGGACGGGGUCUUCACCGCCCACUCGGACUGCUGGUCGUUUGGGGUGGUGCUGUGGGAGAUCACCACGCUGGCGGAGCAGCCCUACCAGGGCCUGUCCAACGAGCAGGUGCUGAAGUUCGUCAUGGACGGAGGCUACCUGGACCGGCCGGACAACUGCCCCGAGAGGAUGCACAACCUGAUGCAGAUGUGCUGGCAGUACAACCCCAAGAUGCGGCCCGUGUUCCAGGAGAUCAUCGAGAUGCUGCGCGAGGACCUGCACCCGUCCUUCCAAGAGCUCUCCUUCUUCUACAGCGAGGAGAACAAGCAGCCCGAGGCCGAGGACUUUGACCUGGACCUGGAGAACAUGGAGAGCAUUCCCUUGGACCCUUCCUCCUACUCCCAGCGGGGGGGGGGGGAGGAGAGCCUGGGCCGGGAGGGCGGGCCCUCGGGGACCCCGCGGGGCCCCUACGAUGAACACGUGCCCUACACGCACAUGAACGGCGGCAAGAAGAACGGUCGCAUCCUGUCGUUGCCCCGCUCCAGCCCGUCCUAACGGUCACCGCGUUCUCCCCCUCCUUCCCUCCCCCCCCCCCCCCCCCCCUUGACCCCCAGCGUGUUAUUCCUCUCUGAACUAGAUCCAAACUGCCUCCUUCCUCUCCGCCUCCACCUCCACCUCCACCACCACUACCACCACCCAUCACCCACGCCCCCCUCCAUACCUCCACGCCCCUCCGGUCCGUUGCCUUCAUCCUCUGUUUCCGGACGUUUCCCCCCCUCCUCGUGGGAGCCCCCUUCACUCCCACGAUCACAACCAGGACAACCAAACCCCCAAACCCUUCUCAGGACUCCCCACCAUCCCCCCCCCCCCCCCCCCCCCC